CUUGAGGGUCAGAUAUCUCAAUACCAAUUUUCAUUGCGAUAGUGACAGUUUUGCGAAAUGUCGUCCGAUGCUCCACCACCACUGCGUGAGCGUGUGCUCGGUUUAUUUGAGCCUACACUCUUGUUGUUUAUGGCUAUUUCUCACUACAUCCAAGUCUGUAUCGAAGCUAUCAAGCGUGGCGAGAUCCUCGCCCCCAUCACGCAGACGGCAAAGCUUCGCGAUGAAGCGUUUUCCCGAUUCUGGAUUGCAUUUACUACAUCUCGACCUCCACCAACCCCUCCCAGCAACGGACCUACCCAAAUCCAACCCUCAGCUCUAAUCCCGCCACUCCUGAAAACCGCCUCGGGCAUCGUACUCGACAUCGGCCCGGGAACGGGCUCUCAAAUGCCCCUUCUCAAAUCCCCGUCGAUAAGCGCCAUCUACGGCGCAGAACCCUGCACCGGCCUGCACAAGGUGCUUCACGCCAAAGCAGUCGCCGAAGGCCUCGGGUCCAAAUACCACAUCCUCCCCUGCGGCGUGGCAUCCUCCGAGCUCGUCCCCGCGCUCGACGCAACCGGCACGGGCGUAACGGAUUCCCAUAAAGCCAACGGGGACGGGGUCUUUGAUACCAUUGUCUGCUUGCGAGUGCUCUGUUCUGUGCCGCAGCUGGAGCAGACGAUGCGUGAGCUUUAUGGGCUGCUUAGGCCCGGUGGGAAGGUACUUGUUAUGGAACAUGUUGUUAAUCCGUGGCGGACGGCGAAGGGGUCUAUUGCGGCACGGAUUGCGCAGGGGGUCUAUCAGCGGCUUGGGUGGAGCUUUUUUGUUGGGGAUUGUUGUUUGGAUCGCGAUGUUGAGGGGGCGUUGAGGGGGGCUGCGGAUGCGGAUGGGGGGUGGGAGAGUGUGGCUAUUGAGAGGUGGAUGGGGUGGUCGGCGCUGCCGCAUAUUUCGGGGGUUUUGGUUAAGAAGAGUAACUAGGAUGUUGGUGAUUAAGUUCGUUCGGUGGGUUGAGAAUGGUUGGAUGAGAGUGGUUGGAUCAAGUGGUUCAUAAGUAGUUGGUUAAGAUUGAUAGGUACGGGAUUUUAGAUAUUGAAUGAGGUCUAUGCAUCGAACACCUGGAUCUGUUGGAAUGUUGGAAUGUUGGAAUAUUCAGUCGUAUUUGGUUAAAUGGGUAUCAUCUUUUAAGAAAUGCAUGGUCGCGACAUCACAAUGUACAUCUAAGGGGAUCAUCUGCAAUUGGGGGGGGGGGGGG